AAGUGCUCGUUAGGCUAUGACUGGCAUCCGGAGUGUUUGACGUGUCACGAGUGCGGCAAACGUCUCAACCCCGGCCAACACGCCGAGCACAAAGGCAUUCCCUACUGUUGUAUACCCUGUUAUGGAGCCCUCUUUGGACCACAACUUUACGGCCACGGAUCUCGAGUCGAAUCUCAUUCCAGUUUCGGGCCACAGAAGAAUCGCUUGAGCUCUUCGGCGGACCAAAUGUCUGACAAAGUAUUGGAAACAAAACUUAAAGAAUACAAUCAAUACUACGAGGGAAAGGGCGGCGGCAGUCAUGCCGUCCAAUACCGGGAAAGGAACGGGAAGUUCAUUCUGGAGGGUUCCGUACGGAUCUAUUGGGACGUCUCUAAUGUCAUACAACUCAAAGAGGAUAACGACGAC